AGUUUGCACUGCUAACUCCGCGUAUGGUAGUGAUUUGAAUUCAAAAGUUGUCAAAUUUUUGAGCGUCGUUUAAAUUAGAUAGGUACCUGCGUUCUUAUUAUUUAAUUUCACUUCUUUGUUUUUUCAAUCAGUAUUUUUAAUUGAGAGUCUUCUGGACGAACUGGUUGAGGUUAUAGAUUUUGUGGUGGAAUCAUACCCAUGGCAAAAUCGCAGAUCCUUCUUCGCAUGAACCAUUUUCAUAAUGCAUCUUAUGCCAAUUGGUUAGUUCUCAUAUUGUGCUUACUACGAAACAAUGUGGCAUAUUCGCAAACCCAAGACGACAAAGAUACAAAAAUAUUUUUGGAAAAACUGGAUACUACAAAGUUCAACCAUUUGGUGGUGGAUAAAGAUCAAGGAUUUGUGUUUAUUGGAGCAGUAGAUCUUCUCUACCAGUUAAGCUCUGAUUUAGAAUUAGUUGCUAGUUGGAGGCAGGAUAACUCUUCUCUGAAAUGCGACGAUUUCGAAAAUGCAUCUAAUGGAAUGCAAAAAUCAAUUGGUAAUUACAAUAAAAUUCUUGUUCUGGAUUAUACAGCUUCUCCUUCUCAAUUAAUAUCGUGCUGGAGCACUUGUGAUGGUUUAUGCAAAAUAUACAGAGUUGAAAAUCCAUUAAGAGAAACGAAUACUGUGAUUGAACCGAUAGUAUCUCGAGAUGAGAAUGCUUCAACUGUUGCAUUCACCGUCUCAGAUCCAGACCAAAUAACACCAUUGUACGUUGGAGUCACUAUUACGACGGGCCAUUCAAAGGUUCCAGCUAUUUCUAGAAAAAUUAUAGAAGAAUACUUCGCAGAUUUUUCUUCUGGAGAUGGGAUCACUCUUAAAGAUGUCUAUCGAGGAAAGUAUAUUAUUAACUACAUAUACGGUUUCAGUUCGGGACAUUUCAUUUAUUUCUUGACCACUCAAAUGAAUUCUACGCAGCCCUCGUUGUACAAAUCAAAAUUAGUUAGGGGCUGUCAAAGAAUCUCAUUCUCCUUUUCCUACACAGAGAUUCCUAUUGAAUGUUAUGAUGAAAUAAAAGGAAAAUAUAACUUAGCCCAAGCCGCAUUCAUCGGCAAACCCGGUUCUAAAUUGGCAGAUUCACUAGGUAUUACUGCGGAAGACGAUGUAUUGUUUGGGAUUUUUGCUCAAAGCAAAAAUCAAACUGAGGGUUAUGAAUCGAGUAAACCAAGUAAUAGAAGUGCAAUGUGCAUAUAUUCGCUGAAAGAAAUAAACGAGAAGUUCUUUCAAAAUAUCCAACGCUGCUACAAUGGAACGGGGUACCGAGGAUUGGAAUUCAUAAUCUCGCCAGAUCUGAAAUGUGAGAAGAUGAACAUACUCAACGAUCCGGGAUUUUGCGGAUCCGAUAUAAAUAUGCCCAUGGAAGGUAACUCUCCAGUAAAGACAAAUGCUUCCAUUAUAUUUGAUACGCUUGUAACGGCUGUUCAUGCACUAUCAUAUUCAAACAAUUUUACUGCUGUCUUUGCGGGUACAAAUACCGGACAUUUAAAGCAAAUUGUGGUAGAAAACACAUUCAAUGCAUACGAAUGCAAGGAUAUGGCCAUUGAUGAAGGAUUUGCAAUAAACUCAGACUUACAUUUUGACUCGAAGACGGAUCACUUGUACAUCAUGACUGAACAAAAGCUGACCAAGAUGAAAAUUUCAAUUCUUAUUCCAUCAAUAUCCUCAUUCCAACCCACACUUGCAUUCUUUGGAGAUAUCAUCAAUGUUACCAUUCUAGGUAAUAAUUUGGCUUGUUCAAGCAACGAUACCCAACAUACUCGUAGUAUUACAGUUGCUGGAAUACCUUGUACCACCUGUCGACCUCUGCAUUCGGCAGAAAUUGUUUGUACCAUUAAUACUAGUGGUAUAACUUUAGCAGAACGUAAAGAAUACGUAGGACCUAUUGAAAUUCGAGUAGAUUGCGUUAUGGCUAAAUCCGAACAGAAUUUUAUUAUUAUUGAUCCAAAAACUGAAAGAAAAGACUCAUUGUAUGGUGGUAACGAUUGGAUAAUUUAUGGUCUAUGCUUCGGUGCUUUCAUUCUUAUUAUAAUCUUCCUCGCUCUGAUAAAACUACUGAUCGCAUAUCGAAAAAAGUCCUUUAAAAGCUUGAAAACUUCGAAGGAAAUGCAACGACAAAUUAACAGGAUGGGCAUGGAUGCGAUAGCGAUGAGACAAUGUAUGAAGCAGAUAGUGGUGGAGAAAAAAAUCGACGUGGAUGGAAGUUUAGCAAACAUAUUGAAAUUGCCAAAUAUCACAAUUGCGUACACGCCUGUUACUGAAACGACUGUAGAAACUGCACCUGACACGGAAUUUUAUCUACCACUAGAUACCAAAUGGGAAUUUCCACGGGAAAAAUUGGUUUUAGGAAGAUUUCUAGGCGAGGGAGAAUUCGGAAGAGUUGUUCAAAGCGAAGCUUCGGGCAUCGUAGAUGAGAAUAUCACGACUGUGGCUGUUAAAAUGUUGAAAGUAAAACAUUCCGAUGCAGAUAUGAUUGAUUUAGUAUCAGAAAUGGAAAUCAUGAAACUAAUUGGAACGCACCCCAAUGUCUUACGUUUGCUCGGAUGCUGCACUCAAAAUGGCCCUUUACUGAUCAUCACAGAAUAUGCAGUUCAUGGAAACCUACUAAGCUUUCUUCACAAGCAUGUUGCUUCUGAAAAUUUUGAAACAACACCAAGCAAGCCAUCUCAAAGGACUUUGGUUACAUUUGGUCUGCAAGUUGCUCGAGGGAUGGAAUAUUUGUCUUCUAUGAAAUGUGUGCAUCGAGAUCUUGCUGCGAGAAAUAUUUUAGUAUCGGAUAACCAGAUUUUGAAAAUAGCUGAUUUUGGUUUAGCCAGAGAUAUUAAAAGCAAAGACUACUACAGAAAAAAAUCAGGUGGCAGACUACCAGUAAAAUGGAUGGCACCAGAGGCAUUGCUUCGUAGGCUAUAUACAGUUCAAUCCGAUGUGUGGUCUUAUGGCAUAUUAUUAUGGGAGAUUAUGACUUUGGGUGGCUCACCUUAUCCCACAUUCACAGACAUGAAGAAACUGUUACGAGAUUUACAUUCUGGGUAUCGCAUGGAGAAGCCCCCGGAUUGCUCUAUGGAAAUGUACAGCAUUAUGCGUCAAUGUUGGAAUUACUUACCUACAGAUAGACCAUCGUUUUCAGUGAUUGUAGAAAAUCUGGAGGAAAUAUUACAGAACAGCGGUGAUAAUGAUAUUUUGGAGGAAUCUGAUUCAUGCGAGUCAAGUAGUAUUGACAGUGAGUGCAGCGAAACUGAUAAUGAAGCUUUGGAAGGUGACCACUUAUUAUCUAUUUCGCCGCAGUAAUUCUUAAAGUUGUUGUCCGAAAAACUUAUGUGUGUACAAUAAAACAUAUU